GACACAGAGAGACACAGACACACAGACAAAGACACACACAGACAAAGACACACACAGAGAGACACAGACACACACAGACAAAGACACACACAGAGAGACACACAGACAGACAAGGGGUAGGCGCUGCUCCAUCCGCACAUCCGGCCCAGCCAGAGUCGGGUGCCAUGAACGCUCUCUCAGCGCUCCCCAUGGUCGAGCUGCCCCGCUACGAGCCGCCCCCCCCCUGGAUCCCCAAGCGGGAGAGGUUGCGUCACCCCGAUUACAACAACGACCUCAACCGCUUCCUCCCACGCACUGUGCACCUCCUGAAGCCUCCGGGUGGGCAGUUGGGGUUUAACAUCCGCGGGGGGCGAGCGUCCCAGCUGGGGAUCUACAUCUCCAAGGUCCUGCGGGGAUCGGACGCGGAGCGCGUGGGGCUGAGGGAGGGUGACCAGGUGCUGGCCGUCAACGCCGUCGACUUCCAGGACAUUGAGCAUGCCAAGGCUGUGGAGGUGCUCAAGUCCUCCACUGAAAUCACCAUGCGGGUUCGCUUCUUCCCUUACGGGUUCCGCCGGCAGACGGAACGCAACACGUGAGGGGUCAGCGUGACCCCGUGAUGACCCCGUGAUGACCCCGCGACGACCCCGUGACGACCCCGCGACGACCCCGCGACGACCCCGCGACGACCCCGCGACCAGCUCGCAAAUACUUGUGGUUAAAAUUUUAUUCGGCGCUUUGAACGUUAACUUUUGUGUGUGUGGUGGAGGAGCGACGGAGGGAAUGAGUUCACAUCAACUGCGUGGAGAAUAACGCGGAGAAUGAGUUGAUGUCACCGCAGGGAGCGAGUUGGUGUGUGGUGGGGGAUGUGUGUUGAACUUCUUUCGCUCCGUACGUAGCCAACCGUGCUAAUCGUAGACGUGAACUACGUGCAUAGGGGAGUAACAUCAGGAAUGAAUGAACUGUGUGUGGCAGAAUGACGUCGCGAAUGAGUUUGUUCCCUCUGGGUUUAGUGAAGGACUUGAUCCCAAAUAAAACAAUGGCGAUCUCG